UACAUUUAUAAAUUUUCAACUGCGAGUUCAUUUUUUAUUCUCUUCUCAUCCUCUCUCUCUCUCUCUCUCUCGCGGGCUGAGCUCUGCACCCUCUCUGUUUCUCUUUCUUCCUUCCUCCCGAAUUUGCUUUCUCUAUCAGUGGAACUCUCUCUUCACCACAACACAAAGGCAGCUCCAGCGAGACCUGGGAAGAGUAAAUCCGAGCUUUCUUCUCUCUUUGUUGACAGAUUUGGGAGGGAAUCUCUCCACAAGCGAUGAGUCCCAAAAUCUUGAAGUGGAGAGAAUGAGCAGUUACCUAUUGAUGGUGCUGACAAAGAAACAAGAGGUGGACACAAUGAUCAGAGACACCAUUGACAAGGUCCUUGUCCUCCGCUUUGGCCGUGCUUCUGAUCCUGUCUGCCUUCAACUUGAUGACAUUCUUUCUAAAUCUGCUCGGGAGGUAUCCAAAUUUGCAAGUGUAGCACUUGUAGAUAUUGAUUCCAAUGAAAUUCAAGUUUAUGUCAAGUAUUUUGACAUUACUUUCAUACCUUCAACAGUUUUCUUUUUCAAUGCUCAUCACAUGAAAAUGGAUUUUGGGACUGCAGAUCACACUAAAUGGGUUGGCGCAUUUCACAAGAAGCAGGAUUUUGUUGAUGUUGUAGAGGCAAUAUAUAGAGGGGCCAUGAAAGGCAAGCUGAUAGUGAGUUGCCCUCUGCCACCAGAGCGAAUACCGAAGUAUCAAUUGUUAUACAAGGAUGUAUAAAAGGUGAAUUAGCCUUACACUUGGCAAUCAGACAAUCAUAAGCUCAUUGCGUGUUGUCCUGUAAGGGUGGUUCACUUAAUUUUGUCAACCCAUAAUUGUCUUUUUUACUUCUUGCUCUGUUAGAAAAGGGCUAA